AUGUUCAGCAGAUUGGUCAACCGCACAUUCGUCAGGUUCAACUCCCACGGCCACGGCCACGGCCAUGUGUCCAAAUACAUCAAGGACAACGCUUUCGUUCCCAACAAGGCCGCUGGUGAGGCCUUCAAGAAAGAGUAUGCUGAGAAAGUUCACCACUCUGAGGGCGUCACCAAGUUGUGGACCAAGAUCACUUACUUCGUUGCUAUUCCAGCUAUUCUUUUGACUGCCAUUCCUGUCACUCGUGUGGAAUUGAAGCACAGCAAGCACAGAGAGCAUUUGAGACACCUCCCCGAUGAAGAGUGGCCCACUCAAUACGAAUACCAGAACUUGAGAACCAAGAAGUUCUUUUGGGGCGAUGGUGACAAGACUUUGUUCUGGAACUCUGACGUGAAUAGACACAUUGAGGACGCCUAA